AUGCCCUCACCGUUGGUUGUGACCUUUGUACAGGCAACACUCCUUAAUGCCAUCUCCAAUGUUCUGGCCCAGCUGAUUGACCAGCGCAACAGCAAAGCACCUUUUCAUCUCAACACUCUCGCACUCAUUCAAUUCAUUACUUAUGGUUUAAUUAUUGUACCACCUAAUUUCUACUGGCAACGCGCCUUGGAAGCGCGUUACCCAGGCUUCCCGACACGCGCCGAGUUCACCAGCGCAGUCCGCUCUUUGUCACUAAAAGCCCUCUUCUCGCCCCGAGCAUGGCUGUCUCUUUUCUCAGGCUCACUCAAGGAGGAAACACUUCCGAGCCACGACAAAGAAAAAGAGAAACAUGUGCGGUGGGCACCGCGAGUCCAGAAUUCCGGACUGCGCAAUUUCAUCAUGAAGUUCUUCUUCGACCAAACCGUUGCAUCGGUUGUGAAUCUUGUUCUGGUGUGGGAGCUGGUUAUCGAGGAUUUCCGCCCCAUUAUGACUGCUCGUCUCAAAUAUCGGCCCCUGGUAUCUGUUUUAAUGUACACAGUCAUUCCUGUGGAUCGACGGGUUGUCUUUGGAAGUGCCUGUGGGGUGAUUUGGGGUGUCUAUCUGAGCCUAUACGCGGUGGUUUGA